UAGUUGCAAAACUCCCCUGGAAAAUUAUUCUCCCUAUGAUAGCCAGCGUAGUCAGUCUGGUAGAGACCAGGGUGGCUUAGCCAUUUUAGCCAGUAUAGCUUUAGAGCUGGACGCCUUUUUGUUUCAGAGUGUGAGCCAUGAACGGACAGGCGACCGUCUGGCAGAAGGGGGCCGGAGUUGUCCUGUUUUUCGGGUUCCUGGCCACCUGUGUUUACUACUACAAGACGGAUCGCCUGCAGUCCUCCCUGGAACCCUUUCAGGACGCCCGGACUUUCUACGAUAAAAACGGGGAACUAAGACAAUUCGACGGGUUUCCUCUGAAAACUCUGCUUGACGAUUUAAACAAAACCUCAGCGCUUGAUCGCAGUCAUGAAAAGAACACAUCUGUUUCAAGAAAGUCCAUGGUACAAGACAGACAGAGUUUGGCGAAUGAAAUACAAGAAACUGGCAUUAAUGGAAAAGUCAGCCAUAGCCAUAAUGUUAGCGCGACAAGUCAAUUUACAAAGCUUACCCGAAGUCCACGCGUAUUUUCUAAUAAUGUGACAAAUAAUGAAUUAACACAGAAACCGGUAACAUUAUCUGAAUUACGAAAAGACGAGAAACCUCCGGAAACUCCCGAACAGUCGAUUGUUGAAAUCGCGGGUCUUCCGACGGUGUACGAACCGACGGCAUAUCCCGAACACAUCGUCGUUCGUCUGAAUGCUACCUUUGAGGGAAAUAUUUCCAUAGCUCACACUCAUACGGUACAAGACGUAGCUAAAACUACCGAAACUCCCAAAACAACGUCCAUAAACAAUAUACAACAAAACUCUCAAUAUUCAAGACUAUUUGAUGUUUUAACCAGCGCGUCAACAAGUAGAAUCGAAGUUUUGACUCAGAAAGGACCAGUCUACCACCUUGGUGACAGUUUAGAAGUUAGAAUACAGGCCAGGGAUGGCCUGAACCGUCCCAAAACUCGCGGCGGCGAUUACUUCAAGGCAAAAAUCUUCAACCCCUCGUUGCUAGCGAGUUCUGCGGGACGGGUAACCGACCACGGGGACGGGACCUACACCGUCAGGUUCCGCCUGAGCUGGAGCGGACAGGCGCAGUGUUGA